AUUUUUGAAUCAUUUGAGUGAAAAUGAACAUCUUAACAGCAUUUAUUUUCAUCUUGCUCUUGUCAAGUGUUUGGCACGUUGAAGCUAAACAAAUAAAAAUCAAAAUUACUCUAGGACCAGAAAGAAGUGAAACAAACAAUGUCGUACGCAGGAAAGGCUGGAUUGGUCCUGUGAUGCAAAUGGCUUCUGGUCUGCUAGGCGGUAUGGGGGGCGGUGCCCAAGGUGGUGCCGGCGGCGAAGGCGGUAAGGGUGGCGAGGGCGGAAGCGCUUCAAGCUCAUCAUCAGCUAACUCCAAAGAUGAUAAUAAUAAUAUGAAUAAAUUGAACCAAAAUAAUUGGAGUAAUAAUGUCAAUAACGCCUUCAGUAUUAAUAACCAUGCAACAAAUAUUAGGAUUAAUCGACCACUUGCAAACAAAUGGCAACAAGCAAAGCGCAGGUCAAGUAUUCGCUUUAAAUGAGUGAUUCUAAAACUUCAGAGUAACUAACGUUGCGCGCUCAAGUUCUAAAGUUAGAACUGUUUUGUAAAUCAUCAAAAUGAAAUAUAAAGUUUUAAAUGUCAGUCUUUCUAAUGAAAUGUAUUCCGCAUUGCUCACAGGCAAGCUCAUAGAAUUGACGCCACAAAUAAUAAUUUGUACGUAUGUGCUUGUUAAUUUUCACAGAUUCAUCUGAUUCAGUCUCUAAACCUGUGAAGAUUCAAUGUAUUCCUUUUAUUAUUGUGAAACAAUUGUAAU